AUGUGUACGAAAUUUCGAAUAUAUCCCAUAGGAGAUUUAAUGAAAGUGGGUAAUCAAUUUCUGAAAAAGCAUCAAGUUACUGUUUCACAUUAUUCUGGUCUUUAUGCUUUUUCCAAAGCUUUAAUUCAUGAUUUAUUACCAGCUGAUGUACCACGAGUCAUUGUGAUUGAUUCCGAUGUUAUUUUUGUUGAUGAUGUAUAUUCUAUUUGGGAACAAUUUCGUUUAUUUAAAAGAAACCAAACUAUAUUAGGUUUAGCAAAAUGGAAUCCAUCUCUACCAACUGAUUACAAAUACAAUGGAUCAAACCCUGAUCCAUUUCUCACUGGUAUCGUCUUAUUAGAUUUAAAUAUUUGCCGACAAGUUGGUUUUACAGAAUUAUUAGACGAAGCUAUUGAUUUUGCAUAUAUCCAUCUAGGACUGAGAUCAUUAUGGACUGCAGAUCAAGUUGCAUUGAGUCUAUUUGCUACUUAUUUUCCACAUCAUUUUGUGGCUUUACCGUGUUUCGUAAAUGGACACACAUCUCAUUAUAUAAAUAAUGGAUUGACAUGGAAAUCGAUUUGCAAUGGAGAAUAUCCUCGUACUCUUCAUGUUGUGCCUUCAGACACACUAUUAAAUAAAUCAAAUUAUUUCGGAUAUUGAAAUUAUUCGACUGUCUCUGGCGGAGUUCAAGUGGUUGCGACGUCAAACAGCUCUUCAGCUUGUUUCAUAGAAUUUCCACCAACAUCGGUCGACACUACCACCUUAUUACCAACUACCACGCAAGCAGUGACUACUGUCGGGCCAGUGUGUGCUGGGUACAUCAAAUCCACUGUUCUCCUACAACUUUACAAUGCUGCGAAUCAAUCAUAUAUUCAAUAUUCAUACACAUAUCGAGCGAUAGGUGCAAUAACAACGCUGAUGUUUUGCUUUCAGAAUCAGCAAUACUUCUGGGCUUUAGAUAGCGUCUCCAUGAAGGAUUCCCAGAAUCAUAUGGAAUUAAUAAAAAAUGGAGGAUUUGAGACGGGUGGUUGGGAUUAUUGGACAUAUUACUGUAGUAAAUAUGAUGGGAGCGGUAUGAGUAACAGUUAUCUUUCAUGUUCACCAAAAUCUGGAAGCUACUUUUAUCUCGACAUUCAAUAUAGCGCAGCGGAUGGAAUAUAUCAAAAUGUAACUACAGUCGUCGGCAGGAAUUAUACGAUCAGUUUUUAUUUAGCCAGUCCUUUGGGUGGUAAUGUGUCCGUGGCUAUAGUUUCUGUUGGGCCCUAA